AGCAACGUUUCGAAGCGGAGUUUGGCUGUUAAACUUGGGAAAACUUUUCCAUGAUUUUGAAGGAAUAAAGUAUAGUUUUUCUUUUUGGGAUGGAGGGACGAGUUAUCGGAGCAGGGCCGUACCGAGCGACCAAGUUGUGGAAUGAAACCAUUCAGCUCUUCCGUGGCGGCAUGCCGUUAAGGCGACACUGGGCACACUUCCGCUAUUAUGAUUGCACGUUCACCGGAUCUGAGGCUGUGGAAUAUCUCCAUCAGCUUCUGCGGCACAACUGCAACUUUGGUCCAGAGGUGACCCGUUACCAGACCUUGCAGCUGCUCAGGAAGUUUCUCAAGGCCCACGUUGUUGAAGACAUCAAGGGACGCCAUGGAACGGAGGAUUUUCAAGACAAUGGUCAUUUGUAUAGAUUCCCAACUUUAUCUCCCCUGAAGUCUUUUCCAUCAAGAGCUCUGGCUAGAGACAGCACGGACCUGCCAAGACUCAUUCGCUGGGAUGACUACGAAGAAUUACCACAGCAGGAAAACACAGCACCCGUGAAGUCUACUGGCAUGACUUCAGAUUUUUGGAACAAAAGGCACAGUGUGGCGAUCGGAGAUGUGCAUGAGUGCAAGCUCAUUCGGAGAAAAGACAUCACUCCCAAGCAAGUUGACCACAUCUGGAAAAAAAUGACAGCGGCACAUUUGCAACGUGUGCUGGGCCUAACAACGUUGGAGGGUGUUUUAAAUCCAGCACACGUGAAAGGCAAUUAUGUUGUUCAUAAUGUGUUCAAUGUCAAUAAGUCAGGCAUUGUUGUGUUGGAAAACAAAGCAGAUGACAUGCCGUACUGGGUGAUAUCAGCAAUGAAAUGUUUGGCAAACUGGCCUAACAGCAAUGAUGCAAACCAGCCGGUGUACGCGGGUUUUGAGAGGGAUGUUCUGAAAACAGUCGCCGAUUACUUUCAGAGGCUCAAAGAACCCUUGCUGACUUUCCAUCUGUAUGAAGUCUUUGUCAACAUACUCAGUUUGCUACAGGAACGAGACUUAGCCACAGAGGCUCUUCAAGUCAGCACGCUUUUACUGCCGCCGCCCAAUCGAAGGCGUCUCCAACUAUUGAUGAGACUCAUGGCGCGCGUCUCCCAGAACACACAACUGCCUCCACUCAAUGACGCUAUUGCCACCCGCACACUGAUGGUGCAGACGUUCUCCCACUGUGUAUUGGGCUCUGUGGAUGAGAUGGACUUGGAUGAGCUGCUCGCCUCAAAACUGGUGACUUUCAUGAUGGAACACCACGCCACAAUCUUUCAAGUGCCUGGCAAGCUGCGUUGCCAGGUGGAGGAGCACCUUUCCUACCUCAAGAGAGUUCAGAUUAAAUAUGCAGGUUCUGACACAGACUUCAGCACAUCUCCAGCUUUUUGUAAACUGAUCAAAAGGGCGGAGUCAGAAGAGCAGAAGGUGAUUGGCACCCAAACCCCGCUGCAGGAGCUGCUUGAAGGCCUGAUCGCUGACAAAGAACUUCCCGCCAAGGACAAGAGGAAAAGGCUUAAACAGUUCCAAAAGUCUUACCCAGAAAUCUACCGUAAUCGAUUGCCUUCUGAGGAAAGUAGAGCUGCUGUCAUGCCUGAGAAAACCACUCGCCCCAAACCUCAUCUCAUGUUUUUCAACCUCAAGAAACCUUUUAGUCCCUUUCAGAGAAGCUGGAGUUUUAGGGCAUAGACGCCCCAUGGCUCCUAUUCUUAAGUUUCCUGAUUUGCUGAGUUUUCUUUUUCCGCCAAGUUGCAGAAUCAAAUUUUUGAUUAUAUGUUUUUAGAAAGUAAGUAAGCUUGAUCCGUCUCAAACUUGGGGGAAAAAAUACAGUAUUUAGGACUAAAUAUCAAAUAUACUGUUUAACAAUGGCGAUAGAGAAGGCUCAAAUGAAACAGAAACAAAAAUUGAUUGAAACCACUAACAGAGUACUGUAAACUGCUAAUAAGUAAUUAGAAUUUCACUGAAAAACUGGACUAAGUUUAGUUACCAGCACUAAAAGACUUACUGCUGUUUCUUAGAAUGAAUUCAAUUAUUAAAGUAUUUGUUACAAUGUAAAAUGUCAAUAGUAUAUGAAUGUAAAGUAUUUGCAUUUCAAAAAUACGUAUGUAGGCAUUACUGAGUCCAAACAUUAUGUCAUUGGAAAUUAUAAAAAAGAGUACAAUCACCAGUUAUACAUUUCCAUGAACUCGUAAACAAUUUAAUCAAUUUGAGUCGUACAAAAUGUGUUGUUGUUAUUUUGUUUUCCGCUUAAUCUUAUGUUAUUAAAAUCAGUGUUUGGCUUGAAAGGGAUGUGUUACAGCUGCUACAAAUAAUUUCAGUUACACUUUUAUUUAAAAUAAAUAAAUAAACGUGGUUAUUAGCUGUAAAAUGAUUUCACUUGCAUAUCAUAGAACAAAUGGACAUAACAAGCAGAGCUGAAUAUCAGUCAUUUUUUCACACUUUAUCCGAAAACCUUUACAUAUCAUAUCUGACGUGCACUAAAUACAUUUGUGUUUUUUACUUUUCUACAUGUUGUAUUGUGUCAAGUAGACAUUCAUAAUUAAUCGGUACAUAUUUUUACGUGUGUAAAAUUGCACAUUAUUUGUAAUCACUGCUGUGCUGUCUGUCAGGUUCACUUCAAGUUUGUCUAAAAGAUGUUUUAUUUUUUAUAAAUGCCAAUAUUUGUGUUUAAUACGAACACAAAUCAAUGUAACAAGACUGGAACAACUGUUACACUUGAACUUAA